GAGGCGGAUGGGAGCGGGUCCGUAGCUCUCUCCUGCCCGACCAGCGGGGCAAGCUGAGAAAGGACAAAGGAGCGUUCGCCUCUCCCCCCAAGCCGCCGCUGCUAACUGCAUGCCCAGGACGAAGGACGGCAGCAACGGAGCGAUGCAGAAGCGCAUGGGUCAGCUCCCGAAAGCGGAGGGGGCCCGACCGGCCCGCAGCUCGUGGGGGCUCCGCAGGCAUCUCGCCGCCCUUCCCCGUUUUUGCAGCUGAUUCCUUUCGGCGAGGCGAUCUCCCCCCAAACCGCCGCUGCUAACUGCAUGCCCAAGGGGGCCUCGAGAUGCGGAGCAGGGCCGAGGUCGGUGAGCAGCGUUCCUGCUGGAAGCCAGCCGCGGUGAUUUGGCCGGAACGGGGAAGGGGGGAGUGAAUGCAGUGUGUUUGAUCAGUGCUGUGAAAUGGUUGCUGCUGUUAGCCGGAACGUCCCUGAAAAUCAGUGUUAAUGGCUCAUAAGUGCAGACCAAGCUGAUAUUUUGUUGAAAGAAAAGCCUUGCAGAGAAGCCCAGUGAGAAUACUAGCGGGAUGGAAGAGUCUACGUCAAGGGAGAGCAAAAGCAGGACACAAAGCCCUCAGCGUAACUCCUUACGCAGAGCUGUAGCUACUGCAGUGACCUUUGACGGAGAGGCAACGACAGACAGAAGGAAGAAGAGAAAGAAAGAACCCCGCCCGGAAUCGAUAAUCGUGUAUCGGACAGGAAAUGAGAACAAGGUGGAAGAAGAACAGGUGGAUGAGGAGGGGGGUGAGAAAAGUUCAGAGGAAGGCUCCAAGUUCUUAGGACAUUCUAUAGGAGAUGGUUCUUGGGCUAUGCCCUUAGAUAGCAGAUACGUUACUUUAACUGGAACCAUCACCAGAGGAAAGAAAAAAGGCCAGAUGGUGGAUAUUCAUGUUACGCUGACUGACAAAGAGCUGCAGGAGCUGACUAAGUCGAAAGACCCUCCCAAAACUGAAAUGCCAGAAGGGAAAAAACCUUGUGACGUCGGGCUGGCUAAGGGCCCCCACGUCCUUCUCUGGAGCCUCGCCUGCCUCCCUGUCAUCUUCAUGAUGUCCUUUGUGGUUUCCUUUUACUAUGGGACCAUCACCUGGUACAAUGUCUUCUUGGUGUACAAUGAAGAGAGGACCUUUUGGCACAAGAUUACCUUCUGCCCCUUUCUAAUCAUCUUCUACCCAAUCAUAAUCAUGGUCAUUUCCUGUUCCCUGGGCCUCUAUACAGCAGUGACUCAGGUCUCGUGGGCCUUUGGGGAUUGGUGGCAUGCUGUGAGAGAUAUGGAAAAAGGGUUCUGUGGCUGGCUUUGUAGCAAGAUGGGCCUAGAAGACUGCUCUCCGUACAGCAUUGUUGAGCUAUUAGAUUCUGACAAUGUCUCAGGUAGCCUGUCGGCGAAAGGCUCCGCUCAAGGUGAAGAGAUUUCAGCUGUCUAAGUCUUUGCUCUAAAGACUCCAGAUUUUUCACGUUCAUAAGUAUUGCAAAUGUACUAGAGUGAUUAAAGCAGGCAUGUACAUACA